AUGCAUUUCAAUUGCGUGGCAUGCAAAUUCCAACACAACAAGCAACAACAAGUCUCUUCCAAGUCAGCUCUAACAUUGACUCAUGUUGUGAUUCAUAUCCAGGUAUCGAUGCGUGAUUUUGCCCUUUUGAGUCCUAUUUCUCGCCAUUCCUAUGAAUACUCAUUUUCCACGAGAGAGUUUCAUGAUGGAAAGAAAAUUUUGAGGUCAAGUAAAAGAGAAAUAAACCUCAAGAAGGGUCAUGGUUCAGUGAAAAUGAUUAACAUUAACAGAUUUUCACCACAAUCGAUGAAUUUAUUGAUUACUGAUAAUGAUGUCUUCCAAUGUGUUGCGCAAGAAGUACAAAGUAACGGGAGCUGUAGAAAUUUUCGAAGCUACUAUUUCGUCAUUUAG